CCUCCUAGAGUACAUAUUGAUUUAACACACAGAUAAGUGACCGCACCACGGCACGCUGAGUGCUGCAAAAAAUAUAUAUAUCAGCAUCCCGCCUCGGUUGUGUUCAUACCUUUGACGCAAUACCGCUGCGUCAGGUUAAAGCGAAAACAGCGUCGUCUUAUAUCGCGUCGCAUGUCACGGGUUGCCGCUUGAAUUUGAGUCUCCACGUCACAGGAUUGUCGAGUCCUUGCGCCGAUUCAAAAGAUUCAAUCUUGCUAGAGAAGGUACACAUCAAAGAGAAGCGGCCAUCGAGGAAACGUGGCGUGAAUAGAACAGUGGCGUGUGUCAUGCAUGGAGAAACAGACGACGGCGAAGCAUAAACAUUAUAACACAUUCUUAUGUGAUUAGACGCCCUCACAGGGUCUUGGCAUGUCACGUUAGCAUUGAACUGCAAUAUUUACAAAGAAAAUUCACAUUUCACUGUGACCUGUACCUGUUUUAGAAUUGAAGAAUAACAUCGAUAUCAAAGCAAAACAAAGAAUAACUUGAUCGCACACAAUUCGUGAUUGGUAAUAACUGAAAUAUUGGCCCUCUCCGAGUGACGUUGCGCUCCUAUAUAAGCGAUCACUUUCUGUCGGCGGACAGUUAUAACAAAGAGGAAAGAGUGAUCUUGCUUUCAACACUCAAAGGAGCUAAAAUGGGUUUCGACAUUGAAAGGUUUACCGGAAAAGUCAACGAAGGGCUUCUGUGUUCCAUUUGCCGCGACGUUCUGGAAGAACCAUUACAAGCCCCGUGCGAGCAUGCGUUUUGUUCGACUUGUAUUCACGCGUGGCUCACACAUUAUAACACUUGCCCAGAAGACCGUUUACCGCUAUGGCCGAGCGACUUGAAGCCGAUUUUCAGGUACAUGAAAAAUGAUUUGGAUGCGCUGAAAAUAAGAUGCGACAACGAAGUGCGAGGUUGUAAGGCUUUGGUGCGUUUAGAUGCGCUUAAAACGCAUUCGAAGGAGGAGUGUGGUUUUGUUUUGGUUCGGUGUCCAAACGAUGGUUGUAACGAGGAACUCACUAGACGCGAUUUGGAGGCGCACUCUAAGACGUGCAAAUUUCAGUCGGCCGAAUGCAGUAAAGGAUGUGGCCUAAAAGUGAGCAAAAGUGAAGAAUCCGGACACAACUGUAUAGCAGAAUUGCGUAAAGCCUUGGCUAAACAACAGCAGGAAAGCGACGCUAAGGUUCGUGAGCUUAAAAAGGAGAUGGAGACGCGACUUGAUUCACAUCGCGUUCACAUGGUGUACAAGGAAGCCACGCUUCAAAAUCAAAUCGAGGAUUUGAAAUCUCAAGUGGCGGAGCUGAUCCGUGAGACCAAAUCGCUGAAAGCGCAAAAGAGAGAAGAGCUUCACAGUGAGGAUCCCGAAAGGAAAGAGAUCCUGGAAUGGUUAAGAAGCUUGAAAUAUCAAGACGAAAUUGCGGAGCGAUAUUGCAGCAGUUGUAACAAGCGGUAUCUCUAUGUAAGGAAGGAUGCAAUACACUGCUUGAAUGAUCAGGUAUAAUUCCUUGAAUUUUAAUGUUAUGUUUUUUAAAACUUGUGAUCUCAGCCGUAGAAAAUCUUAGUAUUCAAUUCAAUUUGCGACAUAACAGACAAAAGAACUUCGUAAAUAAAAAAAGGUUUUUCCAUAUUUUAUGCCCAUGGCAUGAUAUUCUCUAUGCGGUUUAAGUAUUUUGUUCACACUGACAAUUCUAAACAAUGAUAUUGACGUUUUUUCUUACUAACUCUGUAGUUUUCCGUUUGCGUGACCUUUCGGUUAUUUGGGUGUAGAUGAGUCACGAACCGAAAUCGUUUCCAUACGGAAAAAAAAAAAGAAAAAAAAAAAAAGAUUAACAACGAGAUACAAGAAACAGUUCUUGGUUUUGCAACCUUCGAAUAUAAAUCGAAAACUGUUCCCGCAAAGUUAAUUUUUUAGGUUUUUCCACUUCAUAAUUCUUUUAAUUCUUACGUUAUUAACCCUUAAGCUCCCAGACCAAAUUUGUAAUUCUCCUUACUGUCAACCAUACAAUUCUUGAAAUGUUAGUUCAGAGAAUUUAGUACUAGAUUAAGUAGUUUUACCCAAAUUAAUAGUUUUCUUUAUUCUCAUCACUUGUCUGGUUGACAUAAUAUUGAUAUUGUAAGGAGAAAUUCCGUCUUAGUCACUCAUGGGAGUUAAAGGGUUAACAACGAUUUUGAAACAUGCUAUCAAGGAUGCAACUCCAUAAUAAGCAAAAAACUUCAUGCCCUCUUUUAUUUGAAUGGCGCUCAAUCUAAAAAGCAAGUGGCGCGUGAUUUCCUUUUGCCAGUUAUAAGUUCAAAUUGACUAGGAGCAAAAAUUAUUGUGGUUAAAGAAUUUUUUAACUUACGUUAAAUAUUUGAAGUAUGAAUUUUUGGGAGGAUUGCAAUAAUCUAGAUAUGUGGCGCCGUCAGGUAAUCAAGACCUUGCCAACAUUAGCGGAAGAUAGUUCAAAACUACACGGGUGGUGUUGCGAACAAUAGAAUUUCGACAUGCACUAUUCCGCGCACAAUACCGGGUACUCAGAAACUCGUUAUGGUGAAAUUUAGGCCCACUGUUAGUAACGUUUUCAUACUUAUUUCACUAGAAAAUUUCGUGCCAUAUGAUAGGGGUGUUAAAAGCCCGUGAAAAGGUUAUCCGUUUACGCAGUCUUUCACACCCUUUAAACAAUAGUUCUUGACGCUUGCACUCGAAAAACUUGCACCCAACAACAGUUUACGCGUCCUCAUCCAGACUUCGAACGCGGCUCGGACGCGUUAACCGAUCCGUCGCAUCUUAUACUCAGAGACGGAUUGUUUUCAACCUUCCAGGUUAACCUGAGCCGCUCGUCCUCAACUGAGGAAGACGCCAUUCUCAGCCACAUCCGAAGCUCCCGCGGGACAAAGCCUCGAAGUUGGUGUCCAAGUCCCGUAGGUGCGGGUCAAGCCGCGGUAUUACCUCGCUCUCAAAGCGAGGAGUCCUCGUUGAACAGAGCCGUUUUGGAAUCAUGGCGUCGAACGCCAGAUGUUUCCACUUCACCAUGUACAAACUGAAACGCUUCCAAGAACAAAGAACUCCAGAUGAAGAGGAAAACUUAGAUUUCUAUUUACCAUCAUAAAGAAUUAAUGUUUCCUGCUUUAACUUAAAGUUUGUGUUGGAGAUAAAGAGGAUAUUCGCUUUUCAGAGACAGUUUCCAUAUAUUAAAUAUCGUACUUCUAAAAGAAAAAUUAAACCCCUAAUACACACACUUGAAUUUUCACUCUAAGACAACGUUAAUAUUAGAUCCUGCAACGUGUCCUAAAUGCCUUUGUCCCGAGUAUUUUUACCAGCACAAGCGGUUCUUGUGAAACUAGCAAAGAGGAGCUACAGAUGUCCAAGGCUUUGGUGUAGUUCGAAAGUUACACAUUUAACGCAAAAAGGAGAGAAAGAUAUUAUCUUAAAUACUACUUAAAAGUAUGGCACAGCCUCCUCAACGACUUCGCUUAAAACUCUCCAGCCAAGAUAAAUAUGGACACUAGUAUCAAGUUUCGAAAAUUUAAUGUAAAAUUGGAACGAACGUUGAUGGUACAAACAAAUCUAAUGGUUUCC